AUGGCAACGGUCAGGGGGCGGGGAGGGGGUGUGGCCAAACGUGGCGAGCUCUGGCCGGGGGCGCGGUCACAGCGGGAGUCACGGGGGCGUGGCAUAGGGGCGGGUGAUGUUGGAGGGGGCGUGGUCAGUGUAGUAAUGGGCGGGGUCACGCGUGGCCACGCCCGUCGCCCCGGCCCGAGGGUCCUGAGCCCACUGUGCCCCCUCCAGGUGGGCGAUGUCGGCCUGGGCGGCCUCAUCCUGCUGCUGCUGACGGCCCGACCGGGACCGGGCGAUGGGGCUGCCCGCGGAGAGCCCCCCGAGCCCGGAGGGUCGCGGGGGCCCCUGGCACGUUCCCUGCAGCGGGCAGAGGCCAUGCUGCGCAGCGUCACCCCGGGGCUGCGGCGCCUGCUGUCCCCGCGGUCAUCCCGGCGCGGCGACAGCGACGAGGACGACGAGGAGGACGAGGACGAAGCAGCGUCCAUGGUGGUCCCGCUGGAGCAAAGCUUCUCAGGGCUGCGCCGCUGCCUCUGCGUCUGGGAGGACCCUCGCACCGAGACCUUCCUGGGCUACGUGCGGCCCCAUCCCGGCGGCGCCGGUGACUUUUCCGAGGACGCGGUGCGGCGGCGCGUGGCGGAGCGGGGCGCGGCCCUGCACGCGCUGCUGCAGCACCGCCACCAGCUAACGGGAACAUCAGGGAUGGACGUGUCUGCUGGGAGGACGCGGUGGUGCCGUGGCCGCCAGGGCACGACGCGGUGGAGAAGGGCAUGGGGACGGGCACAGAGCAUUGCGGAGCGGAGGUGCCGCCAGCGCUGGCGGCUGAGCUGCAGGCGCUGUGCCAGGAGGACGAGGAGCUGA